CGCCCCGCAUUGUCCGGGCGGCAGCGCAGGAUGCGGCGCCCGGCUCGGCCUCCCGGGCUGCGCUAACGGCCCCGCCGGCAUGAGGAGGUCUGUCGAAGAUGCACUGGUCACCAGAGCAUGCCCAGUCCCUGAACCAGUGGCCGGAGCAGCACCUGGACGUCUCCUCCACCACCUCCUCGCCGGCCCACAAGUCCGAGCUGUACCCCAGCACCCGCCAGCGCUUCAACUACGCCUGGGCCAACGACGACAUCUCGGCGCUGACGGCCUCCAACCUCCUCAAGAGGUACGCCGAGAAGUACUCGGGGGUGCUGGACGCGCCCUACGAGCGCCCGGCGCUCGGUGCCUACGGCGAUGGCGCCUUCGGCCCCGUUAACGGGCAGAAAGACGGCGAGCCCUGGCCGGGGGCGCACGGCUCUGACGGCUCCUACGCCCUGACUCCCAUCCACGAUGGCCUGGCGGGUGCCAAGGCCGUGGUGCCACCCGCCGUCCCCGCCGGCAGCGGGGCCAUCGGGCUGGGCGGCUCCCCGGUGGUGUCGGCCAACCUCAGCGACGCCGUGUACGCCGGGAACUCCUGCGGGGCGGCCGCCGCCGGCUCCGGGGCGCUGGGGGCGUCUCAGGAGUACCCCUCAGGUUACGCUGGCACCUAUUUGCCCUCCGGCUACUGCGCCCAGCCGCCGGCGGCGCUGCCCCCUCCGCACCCUCCCGGCCUGCACGGCUCCGGGCUCCUGCAGCCUCCGCACGCCUCGCCUGCCCUGGUGCCGGGCUACGGCUCCUCGGGCGCCGUGUACAACUACGCCGGCGGCGGCUACCCGCCCCAGCCGGGCUACGGGGGCAUCCACCCGCCCCACCCCUCCGCCUCCUACCUGCCCUCGGGCAUCGCCGCGCCCACCCCCAUCCCGGCCCCGCCGCCCUCCGCCCGCCCGCCAGGGGUGCCCGGUUACGGCUACCAGGGCACCGGUCUGGGCACCCUGGCCGUGCCGCCCCUGGGCACCGAGGCGGCGGGCACGCUGAAGAGGAAGGCGUUCGACGCGGGCGGGGAGGACGACGGCGAGGGCAGGUACAGGAAAUACAGCUAUGAGCAGCCAAAAUCCCCCUACCCCCUGUCGGACAACGGCGAGUGCCGGGGCAACGGCUUCAGCAGCAGCGGCGAGUCCCCCCAGGUGGCCUUCAAAGCCGGGAAGCGGCCGGCGGGCGCCGGCAGCGCCGAAGAACACGGUGGCAAGUACGGCGGGCAGCAGAUGAAGGGGAUGGUGUCACCGUCCUACGGCGCCAGGGACGCUCCCCUGCGGCCGGCGGAGCCCUUUGAGAAGUUCAGCCCCCCGCUCGCCAACGGGGAGCGGGCGGCUGAGCCGGGAGCCCCCUUCCCGCUGCGGCUGCCCCCCAAAGCUCUGGCGUUCGGCGGCGCCGCGCUGGAGGAGCAGCCCAAGAGCGUCGACCCGCUGCUGCUGGAGCUGGUCAACACCAAGGUGGUGGAGCGCGGCCCGCCGGUGCAGUGGGCGGACGUGGCCGGGCAGACGUCGGUGAAGGCGGCCAUCGAGGAGGAGCUGCUGUGGCCCAUCCUGCGGCCGGGCUCCUACAGCGGCGCCGGGCACCCGCUGCGGACCCUGCUGCUCUUCGGGCCCCGCGGCACCGGGAAGACGCUGCUGAGCCGCUGCAUCUCCACCCAGCUGGGCUCCACCCUGCUGCGGCUCAGCGGCGCCGCGCUGCUGUCCACCUGGAAGGCCGAAGCCGAGAAGAUCCUCCAGACCGUGUUCUUCGUGGCCAACUGCCGGCAGCCCUCCGUGGUGCUCAUCACCGAGGCCGAAUCCUUGCUGGCGGCGCGGGCGGGCGAGGACGGCGGCCAGGCGAGCAACCUCAAAUCCCAGCUGCUCUCCUACCUGGACGACGUGGCUACCUCAUCCGAGCGCGGCGUGGUGGUCAUCGGCACCACGGCGCGGCCCGGCAGCAUGGACGAGGCGUCGCACCGGCGCUUCGGCACGCGGCUGUACGUGGCGCUGCCGGACGGCGAGGCGCGGCGCCACAUCCUGCGCCAGGCCCUGGCGCAGCAGAGCUGCCGCCUGAGCGAGCGCGAGCUGGCGGCCCUGGCGCAACGCACCGAGAGCUUCUCCGGCGCCGAGCUGCUGCGCCUCUGCCAGCACGCCGGGGUCGCCGCGCGCCGCGCGCUGCCGGGACCCCCCGCCUCCUACCAGGAGCUGGAGAAGGCGUUCUGCAAGGUGCGCCCCACCGUGUCCCAGAAGGAGCUGGACUUGUUCCUGGAGUGGGAUAAGAUGUACGGCACCAGGCACUGAUGGGGGUCGGACCCCGAGGCCAUGGGGACAGACCCUAAAACUGUGGGGACAGACCCCAAAACUCUGGGGACAAACCCCAAGGCUGAGGACAAACCCCAAGGUUGCAGGGAUGGACUCCAAGGCUGUGAGGACAGACCCCAGAGCUGUGAGGAGAGACCCCAAAGCUGUGAGGACAGACCCCAAGACUGAGGACUGACCCCAAGGCUGCAGGGACAGACCCCAAAGCUGUGGGGACUAACCCCAAGGCUGCAGGGACAAACUCCAAAGCCAUGGGUAGGGACCCCAAAGCUGUGGGGACAAACUCCAAGGCCUCAGGGACGGACCCCAAAGCUCCAGGUAUGCACCCCCAGGCUGUGGGAACGGACCCCAGGGCCACAGGGAUGGACCCCAAAGCUGCAGGGAUGGACCCCAAAGCUGCAGGGACAGACCCCAAAGCUGCAGGGAUGGACCCCAAGGCCAUGGGGACAAAUCCCACACCUGCAGGGAUGAACCCCAAGGUUGCAGGGGCAGACCCCAAAUCUGUGAGGACAGACCCCAAAGGUGAGGACAAACUCCAAACCUGCAGGGACGGACCCCAAAGCUGCAGGGACAGACCCCAAAGUUGUGAGGAUGGACCUCAAGGCCAUGGGGACAAAUCCCAAACCUUCAGGGAUGGACCCCAAAGCUGCAGGGAUGGACCCCAGAGCUCCAGGUGUGGACCCCAAGGCCAUGGGGAGAGACCCCAAAGCUGUGGGGACAGAACCCAAAGAUGAGGAUGGACCCCAAGGCCAUGGGGACAGACCCCAAAGCCACGGGGACAGAUUUGGGGCAUGCAUUGGGGUCCGUGGGGGCUCUGCCUCUCUCGGUUUGUCCGGAUCCCUCACCGCCUCUCCUCGGGGCAUUUCCCCGCCGCGCUCCUCGCCCAGCGCUCAGGAUAAACUAAUUUAUUAUUUCCUGCCCCUCCGUGCCCGGAGCGGCGGCGCCAGCGGGGUUUUGGAGGUGUUCCGGAAUGUUCCGGCACGUUCUGCGAUGUUCUGGGAUGUUCCAGGAUGUUCAGGGACAUUCUGGGACAUUCUGGGACAUUCUGGAACAUUCCAGGACGUUCCUGGUGUUGGGAUCCGCUCCAGCGCCUGAUUCCGGAGCUCCCCAAAGCUUUAUCGUCGAUUUAUUUUUUUUUUUAAUUGUUUGAUUUUAUUAUUGCCAACAAAAAUACCUCGGGUGUCUUCGGAGCCCCUUCGCGCCUCAGUCAGGGAAAGGGGGAGGUGGGGGAGAGGCCCAAAAUUCGGGAAUUUCACCCCAAAACAAGGAAAACACACCCCAAACCAAUGGGUUACACCCCAAAACCAGCGGGUUUUGGAGGAAAAUGCUGUAGAUUGUUGAAUAUCCUAGACUUGGGUUUUUAUUUUUGUAGUAUUUUGUUUGUUUGUUCGUUCGUUUUUCUUUUUUAACUACUCAGGAAAAAAGAAUUACCUCAGAAAAAACUGAAGAAUGUUUUUUUUUUAAAAACACUUUUUAUCUUCUCAGAAAAGGAAAAAAAAGAUUUUUUUUAAAGAGUUUUUCCGACCUGGGACAAAGCUGCCUCCUGCGUUUGCUUCCAAAGGGGGUGAAGGAAGGAAGAAAUAAAAGGAAAAAAAAAAAAUAAACUUGAAGCUGUAACAAAGAUGAAAUUUGAAUGUAUUUCAGGUGCUUUCCACGUAUAUUAUGCCAUAAUUUUAUUUGAAAAUUUUUGUUUUCUUAACACCGUUUCUCGUAGCGUUUGGUGGAGUAACGUGUCUUCAACGGAAAGUUUCGUGCUGUAGCUCGGGAGCUGUCGCUGGCACCACUUUUUGGAGCAAAUUGGGCAAAUUUCCCCCUCUUCCCCCUCAAAAAAUAAAAAUAAAUAAAAAAAAAAAAAAUAAAAAUAAAAGCCAGUGGGGCUGAGCGAGGGGCUUUGCAUAGAGUAUGACCCCCCCCCCCCAGCCCAUCUGGCCCCUCUUUGCAUCCUGGUGGGGGUUUUCCCCAUCUCAAAAAAAAUACAAUUUUUAUUAUUUUUAAUGCUCUAAAGCCCCCCCAGCUUAGAGCAGCUCCCCCAAACCUCAGGGUCUGCGCGUGCAGAGAGAAAAAAUCCCUCAGGGGGCUCCCCCCAAGGUGUCUGCCAGGUUUUUUCCCAAUUUUUUCUAAAUUUUUCCCAAAUUAUUCCCAAAAUUUCCCAUUUCUUCCCAAUUUUCCCACAGUUUCCCAAUUUUUCCCAAAUUUUCCCCAAUUUUCCCCCAAUUCUCCCCAUUUUUUCCCCAAUUUUCCCCAAUUUUUCCCAAUUUGUCCCAGUUUCCUAUUGCAUCCAGGGCAUUACCCCUUUGCCUCCCACCUCCAAAAAGUCGUGCUGGCUUCCUGAAGACUUUAUUAUUAAUUAUUAUUAAUUAUUAUUAUCCUAUUUGUACCCUCUCUGUAACCAUUUCUACCUCAUUUUUUGCAACGUAUUGUACACGAAAGUAUUUAAUUCAUGUCUGAGACAGACGAGCUCUAGGGCUGGGAUGGUCUACCUCAAGAAAUGCUGUAUUU